CUGUAACCUUCUCCAUAUAAGCAGUCUGCACUGAGGCGGUGACAGCCACUGUGCUGCCCCUUUAAAUUCGCCGUCGCCCAUUGGACCGCAAGGGGCUCAGCUCUGCUCCAAUAGUGUGCCAGUUUGGACAAAGGGAUCUACUCCCUCCCUCUGACACAGCAGCACAAUGAUCAGGCUGUAGAGAAAGAGGACGCGCUCCCUCUGAUGGAUACAAUGCUGGUCGUAAGACGAGCUCUUCGAGCGGAUUGUUCCUUUGUUCGUUCUUCAGAAAUGGAAGCUUCACAUUUGCGUGGAUGUACAGGAGACGUUUGUUGAUGGAACAGGCUCAGGCACCGGGGAAAUGAGACACAAAGGAAUCCGAGGCUGGAAACGGGCGGCGUUUUGGCUGCUUUGUUUCUCUGGGUGGUGGGAAGCAGUCGGAGCCCAGAUUCGCUACACCAUAGCGGAGGAAGUGAAGGAAGGAUCUGUUGUAGGAAAUAUAGCCAAGGACCUCGGCUUUGACCUCUCACGCAUUGCAGAUCGUAAGUUACGAAUAGCUUCUGAGUCUAGUAGGCAGCAUUUCGGCGUGGAUUCAGACAAGGGCGAGCUAACGGUCAGCGGGAGAAUAGACAGAGAGGCGCUGUGUGGGCAGAACGUGAAGUGCCUACUGCCCUUACAGAUCGUUAUAGAAGAGCCGUUACAGCUGCAUCGUGUGGAGAUAGAAAUACAGGACAUAAAUGACAACGCGCCCAAUUUUCAUACCAAAGAUGGUGUGUUGAAAAUAGCUGAAUCUGCAGCUGUAGGUUCGCGAUUUCCUCUUGAGAGCGCAGAGGACCCAGAUGUGGGCAAAAACAGCCUAAAGUCUUAUUCCUUAAACAAUAACGAGCAUUUCCGUUUAAAUGUGAAAAGCUUUGAAGGUGGUAGAAAAGUGCCAGAGCUUAUACUUGAUAAACCUCUGGACAGAGAGAAGCAGCCCGUUCACAAGCUCAUAUUAACGGCUCUGGACGGUGGAGAUCCAGUCAGAUCUGGAACCACUUUAAUAAAGAUUAUUGUAGAAGACAUUAAUGACAAUGAACCCCAGUUUGAGCUUCAAACAUACAAAGCCUCGGUACAGGAGAGCGCUGCUGCUGGUGUAACUGUGGUAACUAUCAAAGCUACAGAUUUAGAUGAAGGCAUAAACGGAGAAAUACAGUAUUAUUUCGGUGUUCAUACGCCUGACCAGGUCAAGGAGGUCUUCAGUGUGAAUCCAGAUUCUGGUGAAAUAACCGUGAUUGGAAAAUUAGACCACGAGGCGACAAGUUCGUACACAUUCGAUGUCUGUGCUAAAGACAAAGGGCAGCCAAAACUGGAGGGUCACUCCUCAGUUCAGGUCCUUGUUAUCGAUGAAAAUGAUAACCCACCUGAGAUUAUUCUCACAUCUUUACCCAACCCAGUGCCAGAGAACGCUUCAGUCGGUACCGUUGUUGCUUUGAUUAACGUCUUGGAUUUGGACUCAGGGGAAAAUGGCAAAGUAGAUCUAAAAAUCCCGCCAAAAUUCCCAUUUAAACUGAAGCCCUCUUUUGAUAACCAUUAUUCUCUGGUGACAGAGUCGGUCUUAGAUCGCGAAUCAAACCCAGAGUAUAAUAUUGAUAUCACUGCUACAGAUUCUGGCUCGCCAACGUUAAAAACCGUGAAGACUAUAAAUGUUAAAGUUCUCGAUGUGAACGACAACGCCCCUGUGUUCUCACAGCCUUCAUAUAACGUGUAUAUCAAGGAGAACAACGUAGCAGGUGCCUCGCUGUUCUCCGUAGCUGCUCUAGAUAGCGAUGUGGAUAAGAACGCUAUGCUGACCUACUCACUCGUGGAUUCUAAGGUGAAUCAGGUACCCGCGUCAUCAUACUUCUAUAUAAACUCUGAGAACGGCACCAUUUACAGCAUGAGCUCUUUCGAUUAUGAGAAGUUAAAGAUUUUGGAUGUUAUUGUCCAAGCGAAAGAUCACGGUUCUCCGUCUCUGAGCAGCAACGCCACAGUUCAUGUGUUCAUUCUGGACCAGAACGACAAUGCCCCCGCGGUCAUCUACCCCUCUGCAGUCAUGGGCUCCGCCUCUCAUCAGAGGAUGCCCCGCUCCGCUAAAGCAGGACACCUCGUCACUAAGGUCACGGCAGUGGACGCUGACUCGGGCCAUAACGCCUGGAUCUCCUAUCGGCUCGCGGAGGCCGUGGACGCGUCUCUGUUCAGCGUCAAUCUGCACACAGGAGAGGUGAGGACUAAGCGCUCCGUGUCCGAGCAGGAUGACUCCUCUCAGAGGCUGCUGAUAGAGAUCAAGGACAACGGAGAGCCCGUGCAGUCCACCACGGUCACCGUGGACGUGCUGAUAGAGGACGGCUUUCAUGAGCCCGUCUCAGACUACCGCAAGAAAAGCGCGGAGGUCAGUAAGAAAAGCGGGAAAAUCACUCUGUACCUGAUCAUCUCUCUCGCUUCUGUUUCGCUGCUGUGUUUGAUGACGUUCUUCAUCUUGCUGGUGAAAUGCGCUCGAGGCAGUAGAGGCAGCUCGAGCUGCUGUAUCAGGCGGAGCGAGUCUGGAUAUAAAAACCCCAACAGAAACCUACAGAUCCAGCUCAACACGGACGGCCCCAUUAAGUAUGUGGAGGUGCUGGGAGGAGACAUGAUGUCUCAGAGUCAGUCGUUCGGCUCCUAUCUCUCUCCAAUGUCCGAGUUCAGUGAUUUCACCCUCGUUAAGCCCAGCAGCACCACUGACUUCACAGACACGCUCAACGUGCUGGAUGCGUCCUUACCUGACAGCACGUGGAAGUUCGAGAGUCAGCAGGUGAGGAUGUCACGGAACAUAAUUUAGCAUCGAAGUUAAACCAGUCAGCUUCCUCUUCUACUGUUAUUAUGUUAUCUUGGAUUAAUUCACCAGUUUUGAGCCAAAAUGUGAGAGAA